GGAUGCUCCAUGCUGAUGUCACACUGCUUGUCGGACAUAGAUUGAACGUCAACACAAAAAGGUAGUGCAGUUUGUUGGAGAAUGGCGUUUGUGAAAAGCGGAUGGCUGCACAGACAGAGCACCAUCUUGCGUCGCUGGAAGAAGAACUGGUUUGACCUCUGGUCAGAUGGACGUCUGGUGUUCUACGAUGACCAGCAGCGCGACAUGGAAGAUGAGAUCCACAUGAGGGUGGACUGCAUCAACAUUCGCAAUGCCAACGCCUGUAGAGAUCUCACCCCACCUGAUAGCAAAAGCAAAGAUUCUCUUCUGCAGAUCGUUUGCCGGGACGGUCGUGUCAUUAGCAUCUGCGCAGAUAGUGCAGAUGACGCUUUGGCUUGGUCCAUGGCUCUCCAGGACACCAGAGUGAAUACUGUUGUGGCAGCCCCUCAGUUUGGUUUUGCUGAGGAAGUCAUGGCGUCAGCCCCUCCCCCUUAUUCUGAAUUAAAUCCAACACCACAGGUUUUCUAUCCUGAUGGAUAUGGAGAGUAUUUUCAACAUCCUCCACCCUAUGCAACACAGAUGGUCUACUCAGCAGAUGGACAGCAGUAUGCAGUUGCCUACCCUUAUCAUUAUCAAGGGCCUUACACUUCCGGUGUUAACCGCGUUCUAGUGCAGGAGCGUCGUCGUGAUGAUGCGGGCGAUGUAGCUCUGGGGAUGUUAGCUGGCGCUGCGACGGGAUUGGCUCUCGGCUCUCUAUUUUCUGUAUUUUAAUAUCUCUAUAUUCGGGAAAUAUACCCCACCUCGGGAAACUGUUCACAUGCCAUUUUAACUUUAUCUUUAUGCCUCUGCAAAGUAUUGCGUAUGAAUGUAGCCAGGCUGGAAAUAUUUAUUACUCAAAUUAGUCUUUGUACCAAAGCUUUGUACUUUUUUGAUUAGGCACAGAAAAAAAAAAAAAGUAAAAUCCAUAUAUGGAGAUGUAUUCUUAAAUAUUGGCUAUUUGCCUAAAUGUAUGGUGAUAAUCAUUAAUGUUUAAAGAUCACCCAUUUUUGCCAGCUCUCUUGGUUGAAAAAGAAAGUGUGUCUGUCAUUUCCAGUGAUUCUUUGCCUUCACCUAACCCUUGUUUCAUUGACUUGCUAGUAUGAAUUUAUGCCUUGUGUUAUCAAUACCAUUUUUUUCCCUUUUGUUGAGAAUUUACACUCCCUUUGUGAGAUUAUUUAUUUGUUUGUUUGAAAAUGUUUGCUGUUUAAUUGCUGUGAUUUGUCUUGACUCAUAUUUGUGCAUGAGCAUUUGACAUUUAUUUAUUUAGCUUUAAAGAGUUAAUAUAAAAAUUUUUAAAUAUCUCAAAUGAACUAGCACAAAUUAUUCACAAUGUUUGUGAUUGAAUGCUUCAGGAGAGAUAAGGGAAACUACAGGGAAAAGUCACUAGGCAUUCAGAUGUAGUCAUACUCAUGUAAUUGUUCGUUUACUGUAACAUUUACUCUCAUUUGUGUGAUUGAAUUUGUUCUUUAAUUUGAUGUGUCACAAUGCGUUAAACUCACUUAAAAUGACUAUAAACAGGUUGUGUGUGUAUAUAAGCUAAAAUAGUUGAAAGUAUUUUAAAUGUUUGCAGGAUUUCUGUAUUAGAUUGGAUUUUGAAUCAUGGUUUAGUUUAACUCUGGUUCUUUGCUGUAAACAUUUGUGACUGAGAUUAAUGGACCAGUGAUUACGAAAAAUGAAAUCUUUCAUCAGAGAUCAUUCUUGAUGCUUUAAAUAUCAUACGCUUUCUAAAGCUGUGUUGUGUUUGAACUUUCAAAAUCAAUUAUUAUAAUGUUUGUAACUUGUGUUAAAAUAUACUUAAUAUACUGUGAUUA